AUGAUCUUCGCUCGUCUCUCCGCUCUCCUACUUGCCGUCUCAGGCGCUUUCGCCGCCACUAUCGGAUUGCGCGACACAUGCGCAGAAGUCGACUCGGAUUUGAUUCUAGACGUUGAUCUUGUAGCCGUUGAUUUUGGACAUAUCGGGCCGAUUUGCCUGUGUCUGAGUGGCAUUCCUGGUAAGGUAUCGAAAAGGUUCCAACGCAUCCCAUCACUCAUCCUUGUCGUAGAUCUCAUUACCAGUGACACUCUACUCAGUGUCCCUGUUCAGCUUCUUGGCGCGUUGGCUGUGGAAGAAGCCCUCACUGCUCUCGUUGGCUCCAGUCCCAUCUGCAAUUCCUCGCCCUCCACUCGGAAGCGCGACACCUACACGUUCAACGACCGAAUGUGCCCCAAGGGCCUCUCUCUGUGUGGCAUCCAAAGCUCUUGGAGUAACACCAACUGGGAGUGUAUCGACACCAGAAGCGAUUUGGAGAGCUGUGGUGGUUGCCUCGUUGGCGUCAUGGGCACCUCUGGCACUGGGGUCGACUGCACGGCCAUCGAGGGGGUCGAGGAUGUUGCCUGCAACGAGGCCAAGUGCCAGGUCUUCUCCUGCGCAUCGGGCUAUCGCGUUUCAGAUUGCGGCACAAGCUGUGUCAGGACUGCGCCUCACACUUGA